UGGUUAACAGUAUUUGUUUAAUAACUCCAAGGUUAACAACACAAACGAACCAAAUAAUAUGAGUAAUAUGACCUGUUGGAAUUAAAGGCAAUUAUUUUAGCAGCAAUUAGAUAAAAAAAAAACGACACUGAUUCGUAAUUACAUCACAAUUUUAUCUUAUUUAAAAACAAAGUUUUUCUGUUUUAUUAAAAAUGCGGUAUACAGCUGAUUACCUACCUCUUCAGUAGUAAGCUUGAAGUGGGGAUGAACAAAAGUAAGAAGAUUGUUUUCCAAGAAUGUUCUAACGACUAGCCUGUCUAAUAUUACGCAAUAUUGUCUGAUUUUAGAUACGUGAAUUUGUCUGAAAACACACUUUAAUUCAAAUCAGCUGUGUUCGCUAAAGUGUUAUCUGGUGACUGAUGUGUAAUUCCUUAUUAAUUGACACUAAAACUCCUACAUUAUUUCCCUGAAAAUGAACAAUAAAAUGGACCAUAAAGAAAACAAAAGGGAAAUACAUCCCCAGCUAAAUUCUAAUUUUCUAUCAAAACUGUUUUACUGUUGGACAUUUCCUAUGUUUCAAAAAGGACUCAAAAAGGACCUAUCUGAAGAGGAUAUUUACCCAAUACUAGAAAAACAUAAGUCAUAUCAACUGGCAAAUCAGAUAGAGAAAGAAUGGUUUAGACAACAGAAAUCAAGUACAAAACCAUCUUUAUGGAAGGCAAUAUGGCAUAUUUUUAAAUGGGAUAUACUUCAAUAUAUGGCUUUAUAUGCUUUUUUAAAUUGGUUUAUUAGAAUUGUUCGACCCUUGGCUUUGGGAAAACUCAUGGGUUAUUAUUCUUCUAACGAAAUAGAUUCUUUUAAAUACAACAAUAUCAUUUAUGCGGCCGUUAUAAUUAUUACUACGCUUGGAGACACUCUAGUCUACAAUAUGUAUGUAAUGCAAUAUUUACAAGUGGCAAUGCAAGUUAAUGUUGCUUGUUCAGCUGCAAUUUAUCGAAAAACUUUGCGAUUGAGUAAGGAAGUUCUUAGUGAAAUUUCAAUAGGACAUACUGUUAAUUUACUAACAAAUGACAUGAGACAAAUAACAAAUUUUUGGCGUUGUUUUAAUUCUGUAUGGUCAUCACCAGUUCAAACUACUAUUGUACUUUCUUUGCUUUAUUUAAUGUCUGGACCUACAGCAUUAGUUGGAAUGGGUUUCGUUAUAAUUCUCAUUCCGUUACAGUUAUUAAUGAGCAAGAAAGCUGCUGUCUUUAAAAUAAAGUCUGCUUUAAAAAGUGAUGAAAGGAUUCGUCAUAUGGAUGAAAUAAUUUCAGGAAUACAAGUUAUUAAAGUUUAUACAUGGGAGCAACCAUUUAUUAAACUAAUACAAGUUCUUAGGAGGUAUGACGGUAAUUUAUCUAUGCAUCUUUUUCGUAAAAAAAAUUACAGACAAGAAAUGGGACUGAUAAAAGUUUUGAACUACAUAGAGACCUUGCUGUCUUCAUUUACGUACUUUGUUAAUCGCACUGCAGUUUUUCUGUGUAUAUUGACAUACGUUUUAAUAGGAAAUAAUCCAAAUGCUCAAUAUGUUUUUGUUGUGUUUUCAUUCUACGCAGUUUUAAUGUCAACAUUAACAAUGGCACUACCUAUAGCAGUAUCAGAUAUUUUAAAAGCUAAUGUUUCUAUUAAACGAAUAGAAGAUUUCUUAAAUUUAGAAGAAAUUGAAACCAAAAUUACAUCUACGAACGAAACCGGUAUCAAAAUUGAAAAUGCAACUGCCAAUUGGACACAAAAUACACAGUACAAUAUAACAUUACAAGACAUCAACUUUAACGUUCUUCCCGAACAAACAGUUGCCAUAGUUGGAUCCGUGGGUAGUGGAAAAUCGAGUUUAUUGCAGAUGUGUUUAGGAGAAAUUCCUUUGAUUAGUGGUGCUGUACAAAUUGGUGGAACAAUUUCUUAUGCUAAUCAGGAGCCUUGGCUGUUUGGCGGCACUGUGAAAGAGAACAUCUUAUUUGGCCAACCUAUGAUGCAUGAUAGAUAUGGAGAAGUGAUCAGAAUAUGUGCCUUAGUUGAUGAUUUAAGCCGCUUUCCUUAUGGAGAUAACAGCAUUGUUGGUGAGCGUGGUAUUCUUUUGAGUGGUGGCCAAAAAGCGAGAAUCAAUCUUGCAAGGGCGCUCUACAGAGAAGCAGAUAUUUAUUUGCUUGAUGAUCCGUUGUCAGCAGUUGACGCUAAGGUCGGAAAACAAAUUUUUAAUAACUGUAUCAAUGGUUAUUUGAAGAACAAAUGCACAGUGCUUGUAACGCAUCAAAUUCAAUAUCUGACUUUGGUAGAUACUAUUUAUCUGUUGUCAGAAGGUCGAAUAAUAUCUUCUGGUAAUUACAAAGACCUCCAAGGAUCGGUAACUAAUUUUAGUAGACUUUUGGAAAAUAGUGAUAAUGAAGAACAUGAAGAAAAUUUGGAACAAAACACAUUAAUUAAAGAUUACAGGAAGGAAAAUGAAUCUGAAGAAAAAAGAGCUUCUGGAAAGGUUACCGGAAAGAUUUAUGCCACUUAUCUACAUUCUUUCGGAUCAUAUUUCACUGUUAUAAUAAUUUUACUCUUGUUUAUUUUGACAGAAUCGUGUGCAACUGCGGCAGAUUAUUUCGUUACAUUUUGGUAAAAAUUUUUUCUGAAAAAACUUUAUCUACUUUUUUUUUGAAUAGGGUUAAUCUGGAACAAAAAAGUGCAACCUCGAAUGUAACUGUUACCGCCUUUGAAGAAUUAUUUUUUACAAACGAAAAUUGCGUGUAUUUUUAUUCCUCAAUAAUUGGUGCUUUAAUAAUAUUGACAGUACUUCGAGCACUGU